AGCACAGUAGCGCACAUGGAAAUGGGGAUGCUUGUUGUGCCACGUGAUCCCGUGUUUGAUUCCCUCUAGUGUCGGUGUUUUGUCAUUUUUUUCUCUCAAUCAAUGGCCGACUUUCAGUUCAGAACAUUACCCGUGUUCGCCAGUGAGGGGCUAACACUUUUCAGCAAGGGUCUGUCUGAAUUAUUGAGGAACUCGAAUGGAUUAAGAACUCACAUGCCACAGCCACUGCAAAAUGUUCUCCAAGAAGGUCUUGGUUCUGUUAAAGUUUGCAAGGAUGAGGGGUGGAGAUGUUAUCAUGGAGUUGAUUCUGCUGCUAGAAGUGAUGAAGAACAGAUUGACAUUAGAAGUAGCCUAAUUGUUGACCUCACUAUGGAGAAAGAGAUGGAAAGUUUGCAAAGGCACACACCAUUGGCAGAGGUUCCUUUAGACGAGGGCUGUUUGAGUCUAUUUCAUCAAGUUAUCAAGGAUAACAUCAAUCUCUUCAGAAAAUCAAUUGCUAGCAAACAGUUUUUGGAUGCUCUCUAUAAGGGACAGAUCCUCAAUUACUCAGAGGAAGUCGUUAGGGUUACAAGAGAGCCAAUCAAAAGCUUUGAGUAUAUUGAUGCAGCAACAAUGGAAGGUGCAAGGUAUCCGGUGUAUCUUGCUUAUGCGAAAGAAGAUAUGAAAGUCGUUCUAGCUCAUUUAUGUGGAGAACAGGAUUGAUUAGGAUUACUCCAUGGGCCUGGAUCUUUUUAAGUUUCUUGGUCCUUCGAUUAUGUUGUUUUGGUCCUUCAAAGGAAACUGACCCAGGG